CUCGCCACGUCGCUCGCAAACACGUCCUCGACUUGUUCUUGGUGAACCCGUCUUGUUUAAAGCCACUGCUGCUUCCACUUGGGAAAUUUUCACGUGUGUCUGUUCUCACUUCGGAUUAUAAGAGGCGAUGGGACGGCUAAGUAUAGGAGUGUGUGUGGCUGUCUCCUGCGUCCUUGCGGUGCUCCAGCCCACCUACAGCGCCCUCCAAGAGCAUGCGAAGGCGAUUCACUUCACUUUGUUAGAUCAAUCCUUGCGGCAUCGCGAUUUGGCAACUCCAGUUCCUCUGCCACACAGCAGGCAACGAAGCCAAGAGCAACGCGGGCGUGGCAUCCUUGACAUCCUCGGCUUGAGCAGACGAGCAUGGGAAGCGGUCCAUGGCCAUUCUGCAGAGGACCUGCUUGCUCCAUCGGAAGUAAAAGACUCCCACAGAAGGACGAAGCGUGCUCUAAGCCUGUGGGCGACGCUGCAGACCUCCAAGCCCAGCCUCAAAGUCACCGCCCGCCCUCGCCAGCCGAGCAAGGGCGCCGGAGCAGAGGUCGAGGAGCCGGUCAGACCGGUCGGGAAGCAGCCUCUUCGCUGGGGGAGAUAACUGCCUCGGCGCCGCUCAGGGCCUCGAGAGCGGGAUGCACCGAACUGUGUGGAUAUUUUGUGGAGGGAUGAUGGGCGGGCGCUGCUGAAUGCAAGGGCAC